UCACUCAUCAGAUCUUCUUUGAAUAGGAUGAUGUUUUUACUAAACCUUCUGUCGACUUCAUUGGCAGCUCAAUCCGUCCCUGGAUUUAUUUGCAUUCCCCCAUAUGUUUGGUCCGUGGAUAAUUGCAUUAUUCCAUCAAUUCCCAAGGAAACCGCAACCCCUCCCCAAUUAUUCACGAUUCCCCAAUUCACUAUCCCGGAUAUUCCAGAUGUUCCAGAUAUUACGGGUUUCCUACCCAAGGAACUUAAAAAAGUUCCAACGGAACAACCGUCCCAGCCAGCAGCCACCGAAGCCACAACUCAAAAUACAAUUUCUCCGGGGGCUGGUGCUGGAGGCCAAGACACUGGUACCGAAACCUCUGAAGGUGCCCAAGAUGGUCAAACUACCUCAUCUCCUGGAAGCUCAGGAGGAGAGGAAUCUACUGAAUUCCCUGCAAGUGCAGGAAAAUCAACUUCUUCCCCUGGAAGUUCGGGAGGAGGAGAUGCUUCAUUAUCAUCUGAAAGACCAAAAGAUGGUGAAACUACAUUAUCUCCUGGAAGCUCCGGAGGAGAUGGAACUACUGUAUCUUCAGGCAGUGAAGGAGGUGGCGAGUCUACUUUGUCCACUGCAAGUUUGGGAGGAGUCGUAGCUACGUUAUCCUCAAAAGGUCUAAAAGGAAGCACCGGAGGAGAUGAAACCACUGAAUUCCCUGGAGGUGCAGGCGAUGGUGAGUCUACUUCGUCCUCUGGAAGUUUGGGAGGAGGAGAAGCUUCUUUAUCACCUGAAAGACCAAAAGAUCUUUCUCCGGGAACCUCAGGAGGCGGAGAAACUACUUUAUUCCCUGGAAGUGCAGGAGUCACGAAGAAAACGAAAACCACACCACGGUUAUUUUUCACGAUUCCCCAAUUCACCAUCCCGAAUAUUCCACAAAUUCCGGAUAUUCCGGGCUUCCGACCCAGGGAGCUGAAAAUAGUUCCAACGGAACAACCGUCACAGCCGGGAGACAUCGAAGGUACAGAAGAGGAUACAAUUGAUCCGGAAGAUCCGGAGGCUCUGGUAGGAGAAAAUCGCAGGAUAUAUAUAUAA